ACAUUUUAUAUAAAUUAUGGAAAUUUUAUUCAUCAUCAUCAAAGAUGAUUUGUACAUCUACGAGGAAUCUGUGAUACAAAAGGAUGGAGUUUAUCCAAAAGAACAAACAUCCAAAGGAAAACGACCAAAACUAACACUAGAUUGUCUUCUUGUUCAUUACCUAAUGAAAGAAUUGAAGGAAAGCGAAAUAUUUAGAUGUAAUUUCAUCAGCAAUCAAACAAAAUUCUUGAAAGGAAGGAGUUUGGAACUAGUGUUGCAAACUACAACAAGAGAUUUAAUAGAUUAUAACUGGAAUCACCGCAUAUGUCAGAUGGUAAAGGAAAGAUCUGAACUUGAUCAUACCUUCUCAUGGCUAUCAACAUUAGGCGGUGCAUAUUCUGCAUUAGGUGAUUAUUUUCAAGAAUGUGCUGAGACGGCAGCAAAAAUUUCAGUAAACCAAUUCAAAUUAGCUUUAAGACUUGGCGAUCCCCAAAUAGCAGCAAGGUGCAGACUGUACUUUGCCCUCAGCCUAAUCCAGAGAAAAAAAUUUAAACUAGCUAGGAGUAUUAUCUAUAAUGAGUUUAAACAAGCUCAAAGCUCUGUGGUAGUCGAUAUUAGGUUAUUAAGAAUGUGUAAAGGAAUUUGGGCCAAAUUACAAUAUGAGCAUUUUCUGCAUGUUCAUCAUAGGGAAGAACCUAACCUGAAAAAAAUAAAAUUUAACGAUUGAA